AUGACCCUCAGUGGGAGUAAUGCUCACAAAACUGAAAGAUCACAUAGUCCAGCGCCUGUUUCAAGUGACCAGGAACCUAGCUUGGAUUGUGGAAGUGGAACUAUUAAUUCAUACUGGAACAAGAUAAAAAUGUUGCAUGCACAAGCGAGACUGAUUUCAGAUCGUAAUAACAUUGGAGAAAACUUGAAAAGUAGAGGAGGGAGGUCAUGUUCAAUAUUUUCAAAAGCCCACAAUGUAUUUGAAGUCCCUGAAGCCACAGUAAAACACGAGGUCAGAAGAAGACAUGAGAAAUGGAAUUCUUUGGCAGACACUAUAUUAACAAAACCAGAAUCUGUGUUUGAGGGAAUGAUUGAAUCGCCUCUUAAACAUGAUGCAGACAAGCAAAGGGGCACAGUGACAAGUGUUGGUAUGAUACGGUGGGAGAACUGA